CGCAGCACCGGGACGCAUCGGCACCAGGAACCAUCCAGCCGCUGCUUCUAGUGUUCCUGCCCGGAAGAGAUUUUUGGUCGCACCGCAGAGAUGGGGUUCGAGUGGCCUUGGCAGUACAACUUUCCCCCGUUCUACACGUUACAGCCUAAUGUUGAUACUCGACAGAAGCAGCUAUCAGCGUGGAGUUCCCUAGUCUUGUCGUACUGCCGCCAUAAUAAGUUAUACACUAUGAAUGUAAUGGAAAUACAGGAAAGCCCCUUGUUCAACAACAAGAAGAUACAAAGGAAGCUGUCCGUGGAGUCUGUUCAGGUGGUCCUAGAGGAACUCAGGAAAAAAGGUAACUUAGAAUGGUUGGAUAAAAACAAAACCAGGUUCCUAAUAAUGUGGAGAAGGCCAGACGAGUGGGGAAAAGUACUUUACCAAUGGGUUUCAAAGAAUGGAAUGACCAAUUCUGUGUUCACACUUUAUGAGCUGAUUAAUGGAGAUGAAACGGAGGGAGAAGAAUUCCACGGGUUGGAUGAAGCCAUGCUCCUCAGAUCAUUGGAAGGCCUGCAGAUGGAACACAAAGCAGAGAUUAUUACACUAAAUGACAGCAAGGGAGUGAAAUUCUUUUAAUGAUCAUUAUGCCAGUCCUGUCUGACUGUUGAAAGGAUCUAGAACUCUUUUAUAGAAGGAGAAUAUUGUAUUCUCCUGCCAUCUGCUGGACAUUUGUGUAUAUUGCAAGGUGGAAGUCAUAGCCUUGUAACGGUGGUACUCUGAUGUUUCCACUGUUUUAACCCUGCAUUUAGUGUGUGUAUCUAUUUAUCUAUGUCUCUCUCUCUCUAUCUGACCUCUCUCUAGCUAGCAGUGAUCUGGUAACACUGAUCUGGAAUUACAUUUCAAAGUUGAUGUUUGAUAAAAUUCCAGAAGCUUCAAGGUAAUAUUGGGUUAUACAUAUUUGUCAAAUAUCACCCUCUUAUCAUUUUCAUUUUGCUUACAGAUUGACCUCUGACCUUGAACUAUGUUACCGAUAUGUCAUUUGACAGUUACUGCUUUGCAUCCAUAGACAUUUUGGCAAGAGAACACACUUGCAGACAGUGUAUGUACAUAAUAAACAGGAUCCACUCA